AUGGGCAAGCUCGAACCUAGCACGACUCCUACGCAACCCCCUAAGGAUGACCCUUUUACACCCGAGCAGCUGGCGCAGUACAACGGUGCUGACCCGUCCAAGCCUGUGUACGUUGCUGUGAAAGCCCCUGGCAGCGGUUACCAUGUGUUUGCUGGCAAGGAUGCGUCCCGGGGUCUUGGUAUGUCGAGCCUUAACCCUGAGGACGCUGUGGCCGACUACUCCACGCUCGAUGAGGCGCAGAUGAAGGUCCUGAACGACUGGUUUGAGUACUACAAGAAGCGGUAUAACAUUGUAGGCAAAGUGGUCGCGUAG